AAUUGUAAAUCAACCAACUAGCGUUCACUUUCCCACCACGCCACAUCCGAGUUUGGAAAAUGUUUUGAUGGUGGACGUCAGAUUUAAAAAAUGUUCGUUUAUUUCCGAGGCUUUCUCUGUCAUUUUUCUGAAGUGAAUGUCGGCAACAGGUGUCUCUUGUAGAGUUAUAGCCAGUUAGCGAUGUAUCUUACAGCAGGCUACUAACGUUAGCUAGCUAAUGCUAACUCUAGCAGCUGGAUGAGUACAGUAGCUAGCCCAGUGUCGUUAGCGUGUCCACAGGCUAACAAAGCAGUCUUUAUCCAAAACGGCUUGCUAAUAUUUACUUUUUUAGCUAGCUACCUAGCACUACGUAAAUAUUUUUUUUUACAGAUCAUGUAUUCACAGCUACCACAUUUUCAAGCCUAGUAUUGCUAGCUAGCUAGCAAAAUGGGUUAGUUUGCGGUUAUGGUGUUGACCAAACAGUUACUCUGUCAUAGCCAGACACCCCAGUUCAACUGCAAGUCUCUACUGAACAGUUUAUCCAGCUUGCUUGUUAUUGGAGAAUUCCUGCAAUUAAAUUCCUCUGGCUGGACUGGGUGGUUGCGGGGAUCUCCUAAGGUCAUGCCAUGGUGCUACGAAGAUUACUGAGAAAACGUUGGGUGCUAGGUGUGGUGUUUGGACUUUCUUUGAUCUACUUCUUAACCAACACCCUGAAACAGGAGGAGAGAACCAUAAGGGAUCGCACCCUGUUGGAGGCCAGGGACCCGGACCACCGGAUCCCAUGGAAGGUCAGGUUUAACCUGGGCAACAGUAGCAGGCCAAUAACUCAGUGCCGGAACUCCAUUCAGGGCAAGUCACUGCUCACAGAUGAACUGGGUUAUGUGUGCGAGAGGAAGGAUCUGCUGGUGAACGGUUGCUGUAAUGUCAACGCUCUGAGCUCCAGACAGUACAUCUGUAAAAGUUGUCUGGCCAAUGGCUGCUGUAACAUCUACGAGUACUGUGUGUCCUGCUGCCUCCAGCCUGAUAAGCAACUUAUACUAGAGCAUUUCCUGAACAGAGCUGCAGACGGCUUUCAGAACCUCUUCACCGCCGUGGAGGACCACUUUGAGCUGUGUUUAGCUAAGUGUCGAACUUCAUCGCAGAGUGUCCAACAUGAAAAUACCUACAGAAAUCCACAAGCAAAAUACUGUUAUGGAGAAAGUCCACCUGAACUCCUGCCUAUAUGAUUGUUUGAUCCUCUGGGACCUACGAGACUGAAAAGAAACUAAUAAUAGUCCAACUAAGAGCUAAGGGACACACCUUGAUGCUGCUUGAGAAGACGGGCUUCAUCUUGUGUCCCAUACUGGCCUUGAACAGUCUGAUACCAUACAGUGCCAUCAAGAACACCAGAGCCAUAUACUGUAUAGAGGGAGUUUGGCAAACUUUGACUGACGACAACACUAUCGUAACCUCACAAUUAUGGACAAAUACUUUAUGAUUUUUCUAUAUUAUUUACACUUCAUAAGUGCAUAGCUUCAUAACUUCAUCAGUGAUGAUCAUCAGGUCUCAUUUGCUCACCAGUUGGGAUUCGCCUCAUGCUGCCCAUUGUUUCACAUCAUGGGCGUGUUCAUUAGGGCAUGCAACUGAAAGUGUUUUAAAAUGUUUCGCAACAGGACUAAAAUGUGGGUUUCUUAUUGGUUGAGUCCCUCCCUGUUUAAGUUGUUUUCUUCCAAAUGAACAUGGCCCAUGUUAUAAAGGUUUUUAUUUCAAGCCUGAUCAAUGUACUGAAGGAUGGUAUUAGUUAAGUCUUCAUUGUUGAGAAACAAACUACAAAGAAUGUGUCAUCACUUGUGUGUAGUUGCGCAUGCAUAUUGACUGACGGCUAUUUAAUAACGUGACUGAAAGUAAUCGGCUCACGGUUUACGUUGCAAUGUCUAUUUUUUAGACCCUUUCAGAAUAAUUAUCAGUAUUGCAUUUGUACUAUGAAAGAAUUCUAUAUUAUGAUGACUAAAGACCCUAUAGUUUAUCUGGGGUCAGAGCGCUGUAUCAACAUGUAGAAUUGGCAUAUUUUGAAUAUAUGACAAAAUAACUUUUUCAACAUUGUUUUUUUCAUUGUCAAUAUACAUACAUUUUCUUUC